GUAAAUUGUAUGAAUAGAUCACAGACAAGAUGGGUCUUAGGUUACUAGGCAGUAAUUUGCUUCUACCUUCCUUAAAUAAGCAGAUACCCCUAACAAUAUUCAGAAAGCUUCUAAAUCAGAUAUUAGCUAUUCACUCCAAGUGUGCAUUAAACUGGCUAGCAGGCAGCAGGAAUGAAUAAACAACAAUAAAUAUACAAACUCUCACACUGUCUUCUCAAUGUGAUAGUGUGACCGGUUGUUUAAUAUGAACAGCUGCUUUGUAUGUCCAGUCAGAUAUUUUUAGGAGUGACAAGCACAGAAAAUAACUAGCACACAAGAUCUCAAAAGGACAGCUCAGGCUAUCACUCCACUCCACACUGUUGAUGACCAGAUUGAUCACAUGGUUCUUACAAUGAAGCCUGCAUGGAUAGCUGUGCUUUGUGUGCUAAUGGCAGCCAGACUGAGUGUCUCUCUGGAGGAGGACACGGAGCUGGCUGAGCAAGAUGGCAAGGAACGUUGUGCCCGCUGGAUGAGGGGUGUUCCUGGCACUCCAGGGUUCGAUGGCAUCCCCGGGCAGGACGGACGUGAUGGGCGCGAGGGAGAAAAGGGAGAUAAUGGAGAGCCAGGCCCCAAGGGACCGAAUGGAGAGCCAGGUGAAGCAGGGGACGAGGGACCUGCAGGAAAAAGAGGAUUUCCUGGAAACCCCGGUCUGAAAGGAGAAAGUGGAGAGGGUUCCUUCCCCUACCGCUCUGCUUUUAGCAUGGGACUCACAGGUAAAACCAGCUCGGCAAGUAGAGCUCCCAUCCGCUUCACUAAAGCCUUCUACAAUGAGCAGCACCACUACGACGACAUCUCCGGAAAGUUUCGCUGUGCCAUCCCUGGGAUCUAUUACUUUACAUAUCAUCUUACCAUCAAUGGGAAGGAGACCAAGGUAGCUAUGUUUAAAAACGGCCAGACAGUGGCCUUUACACUUGACCAGUUCCACAAUGGAAAUCUGGAUCAGGCCUCCGGAGGGGUGAUUUUAAAUCUGUCUGCUGGAGAUGAGGUUUGGCUACAGUUGUAUGACGACGUAUUUGAUGCAGGGAUUUAUGCAGAUACCAACAACGACUCCACCUUCACUGGCUUCCUUUUGACUCCUAAAAUCUUAAGCAACCCAACUGACAACCGCAGACGCUGACACUGUUUAUGUGGAUGUAUUUGUAUCCACAUGUUCACUUAAUCUCACGGAACAAUCAGUCAGUUUAAUGCAGCAUGAAGAGAUUAUUUGCUGUGUGUGUCUGUGUUUGAUACUGUCAUAAGCCCUGUCAUUUUUAGAUUUAUAGGCCAGAUAUGUUCAUAGGGAGUCUGGCUGCCCACCCGCUAAACAUGUCACAUCUAGCCAACUGGCUUCCUCUCAGUACAGCAGUUGGUGUGCAGUUUAGCAUGCUUCAUCCUCGCUGAUAUUUUAAUCAAUGUUCAAGGUCAGAGACCACCAUACGUGCUGAGAUAUGACCUUAUAAUUAUAUUUUACUUGCAAUCUUGCAGGAGCUCUUUAAUCACCAUUUGUAUGCUAUAGUUUUUAAUGAACCAAACUAGCAUGACAGCUGUUGAGUAUUUAUAUUUAUUAAUGUUUAUUAAAAGUAUUCUCAGGCUAAUGAAGGUAUUUGUGUCACAGCUUGGACUGUGCUCUAGAUUUUGAAGAAACAUCUUAAUUGUGGAGUUUUAACAUUUCUCUAAACUCCCAAGACAGUUAACUAAAAAAAAUACAUAAAUAUGGAUUUUUAUGCUAAUUUGGUGCAGAUUAUUGUAUUAUCACUGACUGUUUGUGUGUUAGUAAGUUGAACGGUGAGAUAAUUAAUCAGUUUUUAGUAUUGCAUUGCUCUGUGAAUGACAAUACAGUAGGAUGGCAUAAUAAAUCACUUGUCUGUGAUAGCCCAAUAAAAUGUGAGC